CAAGUAGUUAAAACGAGGCAGCGCGCGAGAUGAUAUUUUGAAGUCGAAGUUGAUGAUGCAGAAUUUCAACAGAAUUCCUGUGUAACUUUAUUAUCUAAUUAAGGGUUAUGUCGUCCAGGAUGGCUGAUAUUGAAAAAUCCGUCUUGGAAAUGUUAGUUCCAAUCUUCCCAAACUUGACACAGGAAAUAUUAAGAGCAAGUGUACAACAUCCUAGUAACCAUGGAGAACCACUGACAUCAGAGACACUUCUUCAGAGAUGUAUUGAUGACUUGUUAGAAUUGAGGACAUUCACUGAAAAGACAUUGGUUGCUUCUCCGUACAGACAGCCAACCUCUAUAGAUUCUGAUGAUUCUACUGACAGUGAGAGAGAUAAUUCUAAAGAAGACAAGACUGUGAAUGAUAUCCUACCGGCCAAAAGUAACAUAAUAAGUCCAUCAAAUAUUAGUCUAUCUGAUGCAACUAUAACAGGUCAUAACAAUGACAAUGAUGUGCAAAUAACUGGACACACUCCAUCAAAAGAUUGUCUCAUUGUAUCAGAAAAACCUGGGAGAAAGCAUGUAAAGAAAGACAAACCCAUUUUAAAAGAUGGCAAAUUCAAAGCAUCUUGUACCGGUGUGAAAGAUGUGAGUGGGGCUGAGAAAAGUACAUUGACUUUAGAGACAAAAGAAGACAGUUUUAAAUCAACAAGUGAUGAUAUGUACAGAGAAAUAGAGUUCAGUUCAGAUUCUAAUUCUAGUGAUUUAAUACAUCAAAUAUUUGACCAAUCUGACAGUGAAGACGACUUGCCAAUACUAAACAGUCCAAUUAAAAACUCACCUCUAAAACCUUCUCAAUUCAAUGGUAAACUAGAAAAGGUUAUGAGUAGUCCAGACUUCUCUAACUGGAGGGACAAAGCAAACAAGUCAUCGUUUCCUAGUUCUGUCGUAGCAAGUGAUAAAACUAUAAUACAAGGUCGUAAUGACUUACUAGUACGGUCCAAUACAGUACCAAAUAUACUAACUACCACUCCAUCCAGUGUGACAGGAACUAAGAACAGCAUCCUUACUAAUCCUUUGGUAAGUCCAAAUAGAGGUGUGACGGCCACUGUAAAUGUUAGUCAUGCAUCUGAUUUGAACGUUAAUAUAACAGUUAAUGUUAGUGCUCAGUCUUCAGGCAGGAAUAACUCGACACAAAAUCACCAAGUGAAAUCUAAUGCUCAGUCUGCUGGAAAUAAUAACAUCACACAAAAACAACAAGUGAAAUCUCAGUUUGUAAGUCAGAAGCCUACAACAAACAUUCCACAAGCUGGUCCAUCUUACCAGGUCGAGACAAUAGGACAAGACAUAUUACUUCCUGGUCACCGUAGUGGUCAAAUGAUUCAACAACCACCAUUAGGAAAUCUGCCAUUAUUAAUUACAUCUGCAAAUGUACCAGUACCAAUGACCAAUCAAAAUUUAGCAGUAUCUUAUCCUAAUCCAUCAAACCCUCUGAACAUGAGGAUAGGAAAUCAGUCUACUAUAACAGCUGAUUCAUCAAACAUCAGUAUGAACAGACCACAGUUAAGUAGUAAUGUUUCAACCAACGUAUCACAUACAGUUGUAAGUCAGUCAAAUAAAGGGCUACUGCCCAAGCCUUUGUUUAAUCCAUUGUUCAAUCCAACAGCAGGUGUACAGAGGCCUCAAUCAAGUGUACACCAAAUGACAAACAUGAACAGACCUCCAUUUAAUCCAAUGUUUAAUCCAACAGCUGGUGUACAGAGGCCUCAAUCAAGUGUACACCAAAUGACAAACAUGAACAGACCUCCAUUUAAUCCAAUGUUUAAUCCAACAGCUGGUGUACAGAGGCCUCAAUCAACUGUACACCAAAUGACAGACAUGAAUAGACCUCAACUUAAUCAAUUGUUCAAUCCAACAGCAGGUGUACAGAGGCCUCAAUCAAGUGUACACCAAAUGACGAACACGAACAGACCUCCAUUUAAUCCAAUGUUUAAUCCAACAGCUGGUGUACAGAGGCCUCAAUCAAGUGUACACCAAAUGACAGACAUGAAUAGACCUCAACUUAAUCAAUUGUUUAAUCCAACAGCUGGUGUACAGAGGCCUCAAUCAAGUGUACACCAAAUGACAGACAUGAAUAGACCUCAACUUAAUCAAUUGUUUAAUCCAACAGCUGGUGUACAGAGGCCUCAAUCAAGUGUACACCAAAUGACGAACAUGAACAGAACUCCAUUUAAUCCACUGCUCAUGGGGGUUCAAAGGCCAUCAAGUACCAUUACUGGACCGCAAACUGCUGGACAUGGACAUCACACAUCAAAACCAGGUAUUGCACUAAAUCAACAAGUACCCAAUGAAGCUACAGUGACGUCAACAACUCAGAAUAUACCUGGUCAAACAACAGCUAACCUAAAGAGACAAGCAGGAAGUCAAUUUCCUAACAUGACCAAUCCAACAAGACCUGUAGCUGGUCAGGUUCCAACAAUUGACAUUCCAAUCAGGCCUGCAGUCGGUCAAAAUCCAUCAACAGCAAAUCCCAACAGACCUGAUCCUAGUCAAGUUCCAGAUGGAAGUUUUCUGAUUAGACCUGCUAAUGCAUCAGCUUCAGUAAGUCAAAAUAGACCUUCAGUUGCUACAUCAGGACCAAAUACUGUGCCAAAUAGGCCUCAUCAAGUUCCUUCAGUGAACAACGUAAGGCAGCCCAACUUGGUUCCAGGACAAGCUAAUAAUGGACAUCAGUUUAUUGUGCCAGUACUUGCCGACCAUAACUCCGUUCCAUCCAACAACAAACCGACCAAUAAAUCUGUUACUGUUAACAGAGAUGAAUUUCAAGAUCCUGCCAUUGUCCAAAAUCAAAAUCCUACAGUUGUUAUUCCUGACGAAGAAUCCACACCUGAAAUGAAGAGGAAAGAAGCAAAACAGAAGUUAAGGCAGGAAAUGACCAACAUGUUUCCAGAUAUUGACCCAACUUAUGUUGACCAGUUGUAUGACAGAUUACAAGAUCAUAACUGGCAGAUGAUUAUCAACAAUGCCUGUAUGUUAAUACUGGAAAAUCCACAAUAUCCUAAAAAGUCUGAAAAUAAGCCUCAACCUCAAGUACCAAAGACAUUACCUAAGAUUGAUUAUUACAAAGAAUACGGCAGCCAUGUUACUGGUUCCUACAGAAACCAGUGUGAGAUGCUACUACAGUCAGAAUUCAAAUGGAUCUCUCUUAAAGAUAUAAGAAACAUUAUGAAAUGUUUUAAUGGGCACUAUGCUCCUUCUCAUAAAGUAAUGACAGCUAUCAUGAAUAACAGGGCUCAAGAGUUCUCUAAGAUAAAAGAAAGUAACCCGUUACUGCACCCUUAUUCUCAAGCCAAGGCAGAAAUUAAAGUGGAUGGAGUUUAUGGUGAAAGAACUAUCAGCAUGCAGUUUCUAAAGUGUGGUCGACCUUUGAGAAGUGAAGUUCCUGUCUCUCCAGAGCUAGUUCAGGAGAAAGAAUUUAUCAGAAUUAAAACAGAGGAAGAAACAAAGGAACAGGACCAUAUAAUGGCAGUCAGUGUUAACGAACAUGAGUAUGAGGAAAGUGGUCAGUUGAUAGAGUGUGGUUGUUGCUAUGGUGAAGUGGCAUUUGAGAUGAUGAUUCAGUGUUACGAGGGGCACCUGUUUUGCCAGGAGUGUCUUGAAAGAUAUGCCAAAGAGUCUGUAUUCGGACACGGGAAGGCAGACUUAUUGUGUAUGACAGAUGGGUGUGAUGCUUCCUACCCCAUGAGUCAAUUACAGAAAGCUCUGUCCAGUAAUAUUUUGUCCAAGUAUGAAGAUAGAGUCCAGGAAGAAAAUAUCAACUUAGCAGAUUUAGCAGAUCUAGUCAGAUGUCCUAGUUGUGAUUUUGCUGCCCUUAUGGACCCUGAAGAUAAAGUAUUUAAAUGUCAUAACCAUACAUGUUUGAAGGAAACCUGUCGUUAUUGUAAAGAGGAUUGGACAGAACAUUUUGGUAAAAGAUGUGAGGAAAUUGAGAAGAAAGAUGAAGUUAAGCUCAGACUGCAGUUUGAAGAGAAGAUGACUGAAGCCAAGAUAAGAACAUGUCAUAAAUGUAAAGCAAAGUUCACUAAAUCAGAUGGCUGCAAUAAAAUGACCUGUCGAUGUGGAGCAAAAAUGUGUUAUAUUUGUAGGAAACCGAACAUUGAUUAUGAUCAUUUCUGUCGGCACUUUAGAGAUCCAAACAAAGGCAAACAUUGUACUGAAUGUACAGCAUGUUCUCUGUGGUCAAACCCUGAGCAAGAUGAUGAAAGAGCUGUAGCAGAAAUAAGAAAAGAAGCUGAAGAAGUUAGGAAAACUAUGGGAUAUGAUGAGAAAUUGAUUGGUGCUCCAGAUGAACCUCCAAGUAAAAAACCCAGAAUAGUGCCUCCUGGACACCCUCAUGCUCAAGUUGUGUAAUAUCGAAUUUUCAAUAGUACAAAAUUCUCAGGACCAGUUAUGCAUAGCACCUUAUCAUUUAUGAUCAAAUCAAUGAUUGAUUGUUAUAAAGGAAAGAGUUGGACGAGGGAUUGGAGACAAACAGGAUUGUUGCUGUUUCUUGGAUAAACAUUUUUAGAGUCAUAAUAUCGGUGAAAAUCUUGUAAAAAUGUUUGACUUGUGUGACAUUUUAUAGUUUUCAAUUUUAUCAAAAGUUGCUUGUGUCAUGCAAAAGUGCAAAUGUCAUAUCAGCUUUUCUUAUAAGGCAAUGUUGAGGUAAGGAUGGGAUAUGCAGUAGUUUUAUUUCCAAAGGUGCUCUAUUUUUUAUUGUUUAUCAUAUUAUGUACAGCUAUGGUUAAAUGUGAUGAUGAAAUAAACAACAGAUCUGGUAUCACUUCAUCAAAAUGAAAUAUAAAAACUGAGAAAGAUAAAAAAAAGUUAAUGUUAAAUAUGAUUUCAAUCUGUUUAAUAUCUGAAUGUUUUAUAAUAUCAGAAAUCAACAGUUUGGUGUGAAUUAGUUGGUUUUGUUCUAAAUGAGCAAUAAAUUUUGGAACUUUUGUUAAAAAUCCAAGGGUAAAGUACCAACAGGGACUAUUUUAGAUUUGUUUUGAUCACAGGUUACUGUAGUAUAAUACUGUUUGAGAUAUUUUAUAUGAGAGAAUCCUGAAGUUUGAUGAGAUGGUGAUAAAUCAUUUUCUAGUUGAGAAUCUGCAUGUUUACCAUAUUAUCUGUAGUGGUCAUAUAACUGUAUUUUGUCUGAUUUGAAAUCGGAAUUUACAAGUCAGAGAGCAAAUUGAAAUGAUUUAGUGCUAAACAAAUAUGAAAGCUAUUUAGUGCUUAUAGUUUUACACAAAUCACGUUUGUUGUAUUUUAUUUUACGAAAGAGUGUUAAAGGUUUAAAAACAGGUUGUAUGUUAUAAAUUAAUAUAUAUCACACUUUUGAACACAUUUUUCAUUGGAAAUCUUUUUUAGUAGAUUUAUACAACAUAUUUUAUCAAAAUUAGCAGAAUAUUGUUUGAAAUAGCAAUUUCCGUUGUAGGAAACAUAAUCUGUAUUAUUUGCUUAUAGACAAUGCAGUAAUCAGUUUAUCAGUCUUUUAAAUGGAUUACAAAUUUAACGAAACAUGUUUUGUUGUCACACAUGCUUGUAUAAAUUUAUGUUUGGAUAGAAUUUUUCAUUGUUAAUUUUAAGUUUCUUAAGAAAUUCUGGUUCCUUUUUUAGCUCACCUGACCUGAAAGGUCAAGUGAGCUUUUCUCAUCACUUUGCGUCCGUCGUCCGUCGUCCGUAAACUUUUACAAAAAUCUUCUCCUCUGAAACUACUGGGCCAAAUUUGACCAAACUUGGCCAAAAUCAUCAUUGGGGUAUCUAGUUUAAAAAAUGUGUCCGAUGACCCCGCCAACCAACCAAGAUGAACGCCAUGGCUAAAAAUAGAACAUAGGGGUAAAAUGUAGAUUUUGGCUUAUAUCUCUGAAACCAAAGCAUUAAGAGCAAAUCUGACGUGGGGUAAAAUUGUUUAUCAGGUCAAGAUCUAUCUGCCCUGAAAUUUUCAGAUGAAUUGGACAACCCGUUGUUGGGUUGCUGCCCCUGAAUUGGUAAUUUUAAGGAAAUUUUGCCGUUUUUGGUUAUUAUCUUGAAUAUUAUUAUAGAUAGAGAUAAACUGUAAACAGCAAUAAUGUUCAGCAAAGUAUGAUCUACAAAUAAGUCAACUUGACCAAAAUGGUCAGUUGACCCCUUAAGGAGUUAUUGCCCUUUAUAGUCAAUUUUUAACCAUUUUUCGUAAAUUUUUGUAAUCUUUUACAAAAAUCUUCUCCUCUGAAACUACUGAGACAAAUUUAACCAAAAUUGUCCACAAUCAUCAUUAGGGUAUCUAGUUUAAAAAAUGUGUCCGAUGACCCUGGUCGCAAACCAAGAUGGCCGACAUGGCAAAAAAAUAAUACAUAGGGUAAAAUGCAGUUUUUGGCUCAUAUCUCUGAAACCAAAGCAUUUAGAGCAAAUCUGAUGGUAUACAAUUGUUCAUUGGGUCAAGAUCUAUCUGCCCUUAAAUUUUCAGACCAAUCAGGCAACAUGUUGUUGGGUUGCGGCCCCUGAAUUGGUAAUUUUAAGAAAAUUUUGCAGCUUUUGGUUAUUAUCUUGAAUAUUAUUAUAGAUAGAGAUAAACUGUAAACAGCAAUAAUGUACAGCAAAGUUAGAUCUACAAAUAAGUCAACAUGACCAAAAUUGUCAAUUUACCCCUUAAGGAGUUAUUGCCCUUUAUAGUCAAUUUUUAUUUACAAUUUUCAUAAAUUUUGUAAAUUUUUGUAAAUUUUUACAAAAUAUUUUCCACUGUAACUACUGGGCCAAGUUCAUUAUAGAUAGAGAUAAUAGUAAGGAGCAAGAAUGUUCAGUAAAGUAAGAUCUACAAACACAUCACCAUCACCAAAACACAAUUUUGUCAUGAAUCCAUCUGUGUCCAUUGUUUAAUAUGCACAUAGACCAAGGUGAGCGACACAGGCUCUUUAGAGCCUCUAGUUUGAAUUUUACUGAAAAAGAAUUUCUUUCUUGAUAAAAAUACAUGAAUGAUGUAAAAAGAAUCGCAAUAUCGAAAUGAGUCAAACCCAGAUUGGAAUGAAAUUUUGUGAAAUCAUAAGGCCUAGGUCAGAUGUAUACAAUUCAUACAAUGUAGAAUGGACAUGUGUAGAGAGAUAAAACUUUUUUUAUUUGAUAGAAUCUGUAGGUCCUUCCAAUCAUCCUUUUUUACCAAAUUAGAAUGAGUUAACAAUCAUUUAUCAAAAUAACAUAUUACUGAUAGUAGCACCUUGAGUGUUAUAGAUUUUGUAACAGAGGAGACAAGGCAGGAAACAGAAUAUGGAAUUGGUCUAAUUUAAGUUUAUUGAUUAAUAGCGAACUAAAUUUUAAUCUAUGUUGGUAACAUCAAAAGGAGAAGUGGAAACCACUUUUGGUCAUUCUGUUUGUCUGUCCGUCAAAAGAUGCUGAGACACAUGAUUUCGCAAAGUGUUUUUUUUUGUAUCUAUGAACAGAAAUAAUCUCUAUUAGGUUUGCAGCUAGAUUGUUGAGUUUAGCAUGUAAGUUAUUUACAGAUCUGCUACUUCCUGUUAACCAAUAAUUUGAAAUUUUACAACAGUCAUGUUUUAAAUAGAAAAUGUUUGUCAAUCUUUACUUAGCUUCUAUGAAAGCAAAUAAUUACAAAGAAAAUUUCAUAGUUUCAUAAAUCAUCUUCAUCAGCCAUGUUUCAGUAAAUAAACAUGUCACCAAUUAAAUGCAGCAAUACCAGUCCAAACCUGGUAUUGGUCUUGUUUUGUUCACAUUUGAGAAGUUAUUUUUAAGGAACAUGACUAAAUAUAAGAUAAAAAUAAAUUUGACAAAAAACUAUAUUCUAAAAACAAAUUAGUCAAUAACCAGCAAGAAAUUUAAUAUUUUUAAGUAAUAAGGCUUUUUUCCACAGAGAACAGAUAGUUCUGUAAACAUUAUCAAAUGUUUGUGCCAAAUUAGAGAUUAUUUUAGGGAAAUAUCUUGCGUUGAAAAUAAAAAUAAAUAUUAUUUGCAU